AUGGCUCCAUCUCCCAGGAGAAGCAGUAGGAAAGAUGCCAACACGUUGCCAAGCAUGUCCUCAACUUUCUGGGCUAUCAUGAUCCUGGCUAGUCUCCUGAUCGCUUACUGCAGUCAACUGGCGGCAGGUACAUGUGAGAUUGUAACUUUGGACAGAGAUAGCAGUCAGCCCCGAAGGACUAUAGCCCGACAAACAGCUCGCUGUGCAUGUAAAAAAGGACAGAUUGCCGGUACAACAAGAGCAAGGCCAGCCUGUGUUGAUGCACGAAUUAUCAAAACAAAACAGUGGUGUGAAAUGCUUCCAUGUUUAGAAGGAGAAGGCUGUGAUUUGCUAAUCAAUAAAUCAGGCUGGACCUGUACACAACCAGGAGGACGGAUAAAGACAACCACGCCUGUCUGAGGCCAUGUGGUUUGGAGAUCUGAUCACUAGUCCGAAAAGGAAAGGCUGUUUGCAA